AUGGCUCGCUUCCACUACGACCCGUUGAACAGGUCCACGAACGAAGUUCGCCUUGUUACCCUCUGGCCUGGGCUAUUUGAUGAUCCCGUCAAAAUCGACAUCACUCACUGCCCGCUCAAGGCAUCCACACCUCCAAGGCCUCCAGACUAUCUCUCCCUCGAAGCCUUACGGACAACGCUUCCUCAGGAUGGGAGCUGGACCGUCCACGAGACCCUCGAAGGGCACAUGAUUUUCGCAGACCAGCUUACAGAGGCUGAUGCAUGGACGUCUUGGGCUCAUCCGGAUCCCAGCGUGGAAUACUCUCCUUGUGACCCGGAAGCGCCCGACCUGAUACAUCGUGCGGAGCCUGAUUUUGAGGCCCUCUCUUACACAUGGGGUUCCGCUAUAGCUACUACCACUGCGGUAGUUACAUCUGUAGUCGAGACGCUGACAGGAGGCGCCGUCCAGGAGCAGACACCAUCCCGCGGAGAGUUGAGUAUCGGCCACAACCUUGAAGAAGCGAUUCGACACCUGCGAUACUCGGACAGACCCAGAGUCAUGUGGAUUGACGCUAUCUGCAUAGAUCAACAGAGCAUCCAGGACCGCAACGAGCAAGUCCCACGCAUGGGGGAGAUCUACAGCCUUGCCAGAAGGGUCGUAGCCUGGAUCGGGCCCGGCUUUGGCGGCAGCAAGUCCGCGAUGACAAGCCUUGACUAUCUUGGCAGCCAGAUAGAGUUCACCAAAGACAGGCUGCGAGUCCCACGACCAGGCUGCGCCGAACCGACUUGGUACGAUCGCGCAGUAGCCCUUCCGUACGACGAGAACAACUGGGAGGCGAUCGCAACCGUCUUUUCUCGGCCAUGGUUCUCGAGGCUAUGGAUCUUGCAAGAGAUCCAGCUUGGCAGUGCCUCGUCCGUGAUCAGAUGCGGCAACGACGAGGUCCGAUGGUCCACACUGUGCAGAGCGCUCUUCACGCUCUAUCACAAAGACGAAGGGGUUCCCGCGAGAUUGCACGAAGCAAUGUACGAGCCCCGGGUGAUCUGCGACUAUAGCGCCUCGGUGAAGUUCGACCACUUGCUCUGGACCUACGACACGCGCGCAUGCAGCGACCAGCGCGACAAGAUAUAUGGCCUUAUGAACCUCGCGCCCUCUGAAAUAGCUUGCCGCAUCUCGGUAGACUACUCUCGAUCCGUAGCCGAAGUGUACAAGCAGACUUUCUCGGUGUACUUGGAGUAUUAUCGUCGUCUGGACUUCUUGGUGCAGGCUGGCUUGGAUCAGAGGACAGCUGCGUCGUCGACUCCGUCGCAGUGGCCAACUUGGCUGCCCAACUGGUCCCGUAAAUCCGUCAAUACCUUGUCGCCAGACGCAGGGUUUUGCGCCUCGGGAUUCUCGGCUUCGAGAGCUAAGCUGGAUGAUUCAACGAACAAGCUCGAGGCUGCGGGUGUGUUCCUGUCCGCAGUCUCGUCUGUCGACUGUCUCGACUCCAUGGACUUUGUUCACCUUGUGCAAUACCUCAAGGGGCUAGGGAUGAAGAAACUGAACAACUCCACCUACUACACGGGCGAAAGUCUCCUCGAUGCAUAUCUUCUCACACUGUCAUGUUGCGAAGUGGAGGAUCGCUACCCGGCUGCUGGCUUCCCGACCAUGGCGUGUCUUAGAGACAGGGUCAUGGAGCUUGCAACCGGAAAGGAGAUGGCGGAAUCGGACCACGCGUUAUCCAGCUCAUACGAGGAACGCUUCGCACUGCAGCUCCGAGACUCGCAUCUCUUUCUCACAAGCGAUGGUCAUGUUGGAACAUGCCGGACAAAGGCCGAGGUUCUUUCAGGUGAUAGAGUCUUCAUCCCUCUUGGGUGUGAGGCUCCCAUACUUUUGAGACCUUCUCAUGACGGCACGUACCGAAUAGUCGGCGAUUGCUACGUGCAUGGUGUCAUGCAUGGGGAGGCCUUGCUGGGGCCGAUAGAGGAUCCCUGGACGGCGCUCAUAUACAGACGCACCGACGGAGUCUUCCGGACUUACUUCCAGAUUGGCGACAAGGCCGAAGACGCCGCCGUUCUUGAUGAUCCUCGUCUACAACAACUACCCUUACCACCGGAUUGGGAGUCCAUAGGAUGGGGGAUGACGGCCGGGGAUGCCAAGUACUGUCCAAAGUACCGUCACAAGGAGACAGGCGAGGAGAUCAACUACGACCCGAGGAUGGCGGUAGAGGCAUUGAUAUCGAGGGGAGUCAUCGUUGAGACUGUGACCAUACUUUAG